AUGGAAAUUCUGUACGUUUAUGUGAUAAAGUGCCCUUUUCUCCAUUUCCGUGUUAUUAUUUCAGCUGACGGGCCUUACCUCCAAAUUGCAGAGCAACCCAAACAGCGGGGAUUCAGGUUCCGAUACGGCUGCGAGGGGCCGUCCCACGGUGGGCUCCCAGGGGCCUCCAGUGAGAAGAACAGGAAGUCCUACCCUCAAGUGAAAAUAUGCAACUACCAGGGUCCGGCACGCGUGGUGGUGCAACUGGUCACCGCCUCCCAGGAACCCCACCUCCACGCCCACAGCCUGGUGGGAAAGCAGUGCGACAAGGGCAUCUGUGUGGUCAACCUGCAGCCGAAGGAAUCCAUCAUCAGCUUUCCGAACCUGGGCAUCCUGCAUGUGACCAAGAAGAAUGUCAGCAAGAAGCUGGAGGAACGCAUGACUGAUGCCUUCAGGAUGGGUUACAACUACGGGGUCACGAUCCACCCGGAAAUCGACAGUAUCCACGGGGAGGUCCGCGCACCGCGGGAGCUCACGGAACUCCAAAGAAACCUGAUCUCCAAUGCUGCUAUGAGCCAGUCCAAGGAGAUGGACCUGAGUGUGGUGCGUCUGAUGUUCACCGCCUUCCUGCCCAACAGUGACGGUGGCUUCACCCGCCGCCUGGACCCCGUCAUCUCCGACCCCAUCUAUGAUAGCAAGGCCCCCAAUGCAUCGAACCUGAAGAUAGUGCGGAUGGACCGCACUGCAGGUUGUGUGACAGGUGGAGAAGAGGUUUACCUCCUAUGCGACAAGGUGCAGAAAGAUGACAUCCAGGUGCGCUUCUAUGAGGACGAUGACACAGGACUCACGUGGGAGGACUUUGGAGACUUCUCACCCACCGAUGUUCACAGGCAGUUUGCCAUCGUCUUCAAGACUCCUAAGUACCGGGACCAGAACCUCCAGAAACCCAUCUCUGUAUUUGUGCAGCUCAAGAGGAAGUCGGACAAUGAGACCAGCGAGCCAAAGCCAUUCACUUACCAUCCUCAGAUCAUAGAUAAGGAGGAGGUGCAGCGGAAAAGGCAGAAGACUCUUCCCAACUUCCAGGACUUUGGCCAUCCAGGGCCAGGGGCAGGAGGCGGAGGCAUGUACAGGGGAGGCGGGGCUGGUCCAGCUUCUGGAGGAGGUCCUGGAGGUGGAGGAGGUCACUCCUACUACCAGGGCUACCCUGCCUACAACAGCUACGGAAACGGCUACACUUUCUCACAUGGUGCGGCUGGGGGCGGUGCUGGGAACAGCAUGAAACACGCCCCCCAUAGACCAGCAGAUGAUGGCGGUCACACGGACAGACACCGGGAGUGGAGAGCGGUGGAGACAUUGUGUAACCAGGAGGCACAGGCUGAGGACAAGGACCAGGCCUCCACGGAACACGGAUCCGGAGCUGGGGAAUGGCUUCCGUCGCAGCAGGCUCCUUCCGCAGGCCUGGAGGACAAGACCAACUGCGACACUGUCCCGUCUCCCUUCUCUCCAGGUACAUUCCACCGUGGGGAGAACCUCGGAUCUCCUCGUGGCAAUGAAGAGGGGCUUGGCGGCAAGCAUAAGGGGGAGGAGGAGGGGGAGAAGAAUAGCAAGGAUUUUGCCCCGAGAAGCACCGCUGCGAAAUCGACAAGGUCCGCUGAGGGUUGUGGCUUUUUCAGUGACAAGCAGUACGGGUCACGCAAAAACCCCGGUGUGGCGCUCACUGGAGAGGGCACCGUCAUGCUUAGAGGGGAGGCACUGAGGGCCGUGAUGCACGGCACGGACCGGAAGGACCCGACAGAGCAGGAAAGAUGGAACCUGGCACCUUCGAUCACAUCGCUGGAUGACUCCAAGGUAUCAGGGGAUACAGUGGGACAGCUGCUGGAGGCCCUGAGGACAGCUGGUGCUGGAUUGGGCAUCCACCUCCUGGAGAGGGCUGUGUGGGAGCUGGACCGCCUGGGCACUCUUGCCCAGAUCACAGCUCCGUCCCCCUUCCAGAGUACGAAGAACAAGAAGGCAGAGCACGACCGCCAGGAGGACGGCAAUGUGUAUGACCGCAGGGCGGUGAUCUCGCAGCCGUACCUCCGGCCUGGCCUAUUUGAAGAGUUGCCUGUUGGUCCCCCACAAUGCUGUGCGCCACAGGGAGGGACGGCAAAAUCGGGAUCCCUUUCCUCACUGACCUCAUUGCAGAGUGCUGCCUGAAAGGAGGACGAGUCUCGGAUUUCUGGGAGGCAUUUUGACUGUGCUCAGUGUCUCCUGUAGUACAUGGGCUGGACCUGACUUGACCUUUGCCUUUUGCGAUUGUCCCUGUGGUUCUUUGUUUUAAAGCACACAAAAAGAACGAAAUAAAUGUGACAAUCAGUUUGUGCAUGAAAUACGGAACUUGCCAGGUUGAAAAAAAGAGAAAAAAACGCACAUUCAUCCAAAGGUUUUACUUGAAUUCAGGGGGACCUUUACACUCGGUACAGCAACAAUUCUACAGUCCAGUUCUGCCCCAUGUUAGCUCCUUUUUGCCCCAUUUGUAGACAAGGAGGAGAACAUUGUUGCUGGUUUUUUCAUCUUGUUUUCAAAGAUGAACUAUUAUUGCGGAAGAAAGGGACGUUUCUGGGGCGGAACGAGUGACCUCGGUUCCAGCAGUGUCCACCAGUAAUGGAAGAGCGUCCUCAUCCAGAGUGCCGCGUUCGCAGAGCGUUUGGAUAUGGUGAUAUUUUUAUUUACAGUGCAAAAAUCAGCAAAGCAAAUGUACAAACAUAUUUCUUGCUGAUAAAACUGGCCUUUUUAACACCGGGUUCCGUAACAUCGCAUUCAAGAGGUUCUCCAGCUUUUUACACCCCGGCCGAUCUCAGGUAAGGGCUCGAAAGUGUUUUAGAUUUGACUGCAGGUUGAAUGUGGUAGAGUUCACUGGGCAGACGUUUACAAAACUCCUGAGCUGACCAUCUAUGAUUGUAAUUCGAACAGCAGCGGUCAAGUUGCGUUCAAUAACAGUACCGGUUGGAGAGAGGUGUUGAACUGUGCUGGUCUUCAGGGUGUCUACAGCCACAGCAGCGGGACCUGGGUUCCAGCUCCGCUGGACAGACCACCUCAGACCCUGCAUGAAUUCUCCUCUCAAAAGCUUCAGCAGCCAAAGUGUUUUUAUCAUUUUUUUACAGUCAGUUGACAGUAAAGAAUGUCUUCACUCCUGCUCUGCAGUCAUUUAGCGCAUGCAAGGAUCUUGUGGUGGGAGGAGACAUAGUUCUCAUUUAUUGCCUACUCUUUCUCCUUUUUUUUCCUAUAUUGCCUUACUGUCUCUUUUAGUUUUUCCUACCCCGUGUUGCAAUUCUGAUUCAGCAAUUCAUUUUUUAAUAUUUACAUGAGCUGACAGACAAAUAUUUGUACUUUUUGUUACUUUGCUGUCAUUAUUUGGUAUUUGUUUACCUUCUGACUGUAUUGAACAAUGUUUGAUUCAGUAUGUAAAUAAAUGUUAUGCAUUGCAUAUUGCUGGGAAAGUUGCCCGUGUAAUGGGGCCAAUGAGAUGUUAAAGUGGAUCAUGAUCAACUUGAUUACCUUGAUAAUGUUUCCUCUCAAAUUUCUCAUGCCAAC